CUCCCUGUUCUCUUCCAGGCAAGACAAUGAGCUCGGGCUUGGGCGCGAGGCUCCGGCUUUGUUCCUUGUGAGCCUUGUGGCUGCUUGAGAGGCGGCAGUUGAAGGGGCUUGUCCAGACUUCUCCCGCCGUAGCGCCGUCCUUCCGCGACUGCGGUGGGGACUCGCCCGAUUGGCGCGCCCCGCCCCACUUGCUCUUUGCUUCGCCUUGCCCCGAGGAGGAAGUGGCCGCUCGUUCUUGGAGAACCGAAGCGGGGGGCGAAAGCUGAAGUCGCUUGUCAGAACUGCUCCUCUCCUACCUCCCUCCUUCCCUCGGCGCGCGCCACUUGUUCCUCGGUAGCGGAGGGGAGGGGAGGCGGCAGGGGCAUAUAAACUGAAGACAAGAUGGCCUCUUAAAAAAAAAAACACCUCUGAGACAUCCUGUUAUGGUAAUAGUGAAGUCUAACCCUUGCAUGAGUACUUUGCAUGUUUUGCUUGUUUACACCUUAACACAUUUUGCACGACUCAGAAUAUCUGUUAUUGUUGUGAGUAGCAUCUUUAAUCUAGGAAUGGCCUAUUUUUUGCACCUGUGAGCACAUUUGGCAAUUUGAGAAAUGGCAGUGUGGUCCAGAGGCAUUAAUGGGAAAGUAUGGGAGCUGUUAUAGGCCUUUGCUUUGCUUAGAAGCAAACCUAGAAGCUUGUAAGCAACUUUUACAUUUUAAAAAAUUAAGCAGGUUCAGUUAAUAUAUGCAACAAGAUAGAGCCCACUUAGAGCCCAAGUGUGGGCUAAUGUAGUGGCAUAUACGCUGAAGCCAUAAAUAAAGAUUUUAAGUUUUUUUGUAAGUUUGCACCUAAAUGAAACAAAUAUAGAAGUACUGAAAUUGCUACAUAUUAACAACAUUUUAUAGUUUCCAGUGCCAAAGAACCCAAAGGUUAUAAUUAAUUAAGUUAUCUGAUUGUUUCUUUAUCUUGUUAUAUUCGGUAUCCUAUGUAGAACAGGACAUUGUAAGCAUCCGUGAAUCCCUAAGCACUGAAUAAUUUUCAAACUAUCUACAUAAUGAUGUUUCCAGAGUGAGUUGCAGGUUGAAAUACUGAUAAGUAUUAUCUAUAAUAAGAGUCCAUAUCAUUGUGUUAUUUUUCAGUCUCAUUAUUUUUUGACAUAACAUGGGCAUUUUUAUAUGCUUUAAGGCAGGAGAUUUGUUGGCACUCCAGAUCUUUUCGUACUAACUGAACAUAGCCUAUAAUCAAUGGUGAGGGAUGAUGGGAGUUGUAAUCUGGGCUAUUUAGAGGGACAAUCCAAUGGUAAUUAGAAAUUGACUAAGUGUUCAGUAUCUUGGAUAGCUCAUGUCAUCAUUUGGCAAGGAGAGAGCAAGUUGGAAAGAAAAUGGAUGUGAAGGCUCGAAAUCACUUGCUUUGGAAUUGCGAAGCUUUGGAAAGAGAUAUAAAGACUUCUUAUAUAAUGGAUCAUAUGGUUGGAGAUGAAGCAUUAACAUUAUCGGAAGAGGAGCAAGUAAGGGCCCAGACUACACAAAGAGAACGAGCAGCAAUGCUAAUAAAAAUAAUUCUUGCCAAAGAUAAUCAUGCGUAUAUAUCCUUUUAUAAUGCAUUGCUUCAUGAGGGGUACAAAGAUCUUGCUGCACUUCUUCAGGAUGGUAUUCCCAUUACUUCCCCUUACAAUGGAAAAAGAUCUGUGGAGGGAAUAAACUCAUAUGUUAAGACUGUCCUUUGUGAAGGUGGAGUCCCACAACGACCUGUAGUGUUUGUCACUCGCGAAGAACUAACAAAAAGAAUACAACAGAAACUAUACAAGUUACAAAGUGAUCCAGGAUGGGUUAUUGUUUAUGGGAUGGCAGGCUGUGGAAAGUCUGUUUUGGCAGCAGAAGCACUGCGUGAUAACAAUCUUUUGAAAGAUUGCUUCCCAGGAGGAGUACAUUGGGUUUCUGUUGGUAAACAAGACAAGGCAGGACUGCUAAUGAAACUCCAAAAUCUCUGUCUGAGAUUAGAUCAGGACUUACAGAGGCCACCACUUAAUAUUGAGGAAGCUAAAGAUCGUCUUCGGUUACUGUUGUUGCGCAAAUACUCAAGGUCUCUCUUGGUGCUUGAUGACAUUUGGGAUUCCUGGCUGUUAAAAGCCUUUGACAGUAAUUUUCAAGUUCUUAUCACCAGUAGGGACAGGAGCGUAACAGACUCUGUAACUGGUAAUAAAUAUGAAGUUCCUGUGGAAAGUGGACUAACACAUGAAAAAGCACUUGAAAUAUUAGCCCUGUUUGUUAAUAUGGAAAUAGUGGAGCUGCCAGAAAAAGCUCAUAGUAUUGUGAGAGAAUGCAAAGGUUCUCCUCUUGUAGUAUCCUUGAUAGGAGCAUUAUUACGAGACUUUCCCAAUCGCUGGGAAUACUACCUUAAGCAACUUCAGAAUAAACAGUUUAAAAGGAUAAAGAAAUCAUCUUCUUAUGAUUAUGAUGCUCUUGAUGAAGCAAUGUCUAUAAGUGUUGAAAUGUUGCCAGAAGAUUUUAAAGAUUAUUACACAGAUCUUUCUGUCCUUCAGAAGGAUGUUAAAGUGCCUUCAAAGGUAUUCUGUAUUCUAUGGGAUAUGGAGACUGAGGUAGCUGAAGACAUACUACAGGAAUUUGUUAACAAAUCUCUUUUGUUUUGUGAUCGGAAUGGGAAAUCAUUCCUUUAUUAUUUGCAUGAUCUUCAGCUUGAUUUUCUUACUGAGAAGAAUCGCUGUCAGCUCCAAGCGCUGCAUAAAAAAGUAGUUCAUCAGUAUAAGCAGUAUUAUAAGCAGAAUAUACCUUCUCCAUCAGAAGAGGACUGCAUGUACUGGUGUAAUUUUCUGGCUUACCAUAUGGCAAGUGCCAGUAUGCAAAAUGAACUCUGUGCUCUUAUGUUUUCACUAGACUGGAUUAAAACCAAAACAGAAUUGGUAGGGCCUGCUCAUUUGAUUCAUGAAUAUGUUGAAUACAGUGAAAUAUUAGAUCAAAAGGGUUCCACUACACGUGAAAACUUCCAGGAAUUUCUGUCUUUAAAUGGACAUCUACUUGGGCGGCAACCCUUUCUAGAUAUUGUACAGCUGGGACUUUGUCAGCCAGAAAGCUCUGAGGUAUAUCGACAAGCAAAACUACAAGCUCAGCGAGAACUUAAUAAAGGAUCUUUCUAUGUGGAAUGGAUGAAUAAAACCUCCAUAAAGAAUAUGUACCGUUUGGUUGUGAGUCCACACACAGAUGCAGUUUACCAUGCUUGCUUUUCCCAGGAUAGACAAAGAAUAGCUUCAUGUGGAGCUGAUAAAACAUUACAGGUAUUUAAAGCUGAAAGUGGAGAAAAGCUUAUGGAAGUGAAAGCACAUGAUGAUGAAGUUCUGUGUUGUGCUUUUUCAGCAGAUGACAAAUUUGUUGCCACUUGUUCUGUGGAUAAAAAAGUAAAGGUCUGGAAUUCAAGAACAGGCCAGCUUGUGUAUUUAUUUGAAGAACAUGCAGAGCAGGUCAACUGCUGCCAGUUUAAUAAUAUAAAUCAUAACCAAUUCCUACUAGCUACAUGUUCAAAUGACACUUUUAUCAAACUCUGGGAUUUGAACAAAAACUACUGUCGCAAUACAUUGUUUGGCCACAGAAGUUCUGUUACCCACUGCAGAUUUUCACCGGAUGACAAGUAUGUGGCUAGUUGCUCAGCAGAUGGAACAGUGAAGCUUUGGUCUGCCCAUUCAGCAAAUGAAAUGAAAACUAUUGACAUAGGAAGGCUCUUCAGAAAUGUAGAUGAAUACCAGGAUGAUGUGGAGGUAUUGGUGAAGUGUUGCUCCUGGUCAUCUAAUGGAAGUACAUUAAUGGUGGCAGCCAAAAAUAAGCUUUUUCUUUUUGACAUUAAGACCGGCCAUUUGUUGACAGAGGUUCUUAUAAGCCAUCACAGCAAUAUUCAAUAUUGUGACUUUUGUCCCAACAGUCAGAUGGUAGCAGUUGCGUUAUCACAUUAUUCUGUUGAGAUAUGGAAUAUUGAAUCACUUUCCAAAAUAGCUGACUGCCGAGGCCAUAUGAGCUGGGUGCAUUCUGUGACAUUUUCACUUGAUGGGUUUUUAUUUCUCACUUCUUCUGAUGACCUCACAAUAAGAAUUUGGGAGACAAGUAAGGUGUGCAAAUCCUCUGCUGUUGUGCUGAAACGUGACAUAGAUGUUUUGUUUCCAGGCAAUGAAGUGAUCAUUUUGGCUAUUGACAAUUUGAAGCAUCUGCAGUUAAUAAAUGGAUACACAGGGCAUACUGUUUAUCAGACUGAAGAACAGGAGCAUUUCAUUGCCUGUUGUUGCCUAAGUGAAGACCUGCAGACUGUUGCCUUUGGAGAGGAGAAUGGAACAGUAAAGGUGUUAAACCUCUCAAGUAGAAAAGUUUUAAAAUCCAGAAGUGGGCACAGGAAAUCUGUGCAGCGUUGCCAGUUUACAUCUGCUGGAAAAAUACUUAUAUCAAGCUCUGAUGACUCAACUAUACAGGUAUGGAAUUGGCAGUCAGAUGAAUGCAUUGUUCUGAAAGGUCACAAGGAAGCUGUCAAGAAUUUUUACCUUCUUAAAAGUUCAAGGCUUCUUUCAUGGUCAUUUGAUGGGACAGUUAAGUUCUGGAACAUAGUUACUGGAGAACUAGAAAGAGAUCUUAGUUGCCAUGAAGAUGCUAUUCUUUCUUGUGCUGUUUCACCUGAUACCACUAUGUUUGCCACUACCUCUGCUGACAAGACUGCCAAGAUUUGGAGUUUUGAAACUUCAUCGGUUCUUCAUAAGCUGAAUGGUCAUAAAGGUUGUGUGAGAUGCUGUGCUUUCUCCUUUAAUAAUGAGUUGUUGACCACAGGAGAUGACAAUGGAGACAUACGGGUUUGGGAUAUCUCAAAAGGUGAGCUGCUUCACUUAUAUUCCCGUUAUUCAGUAGAUGAAGGUGAAUCUGCACAUGGAGGUUGGGUCACAGACCUUCGCUUUUCCCCUGAUAAUAAGAUACUUGUUUCUUCUGGGGGAUACAUUAAGUGGUGGAAUGUGGAUACUGGCCAACCCCUACAAACAUUCUAUACAAAUGGAACAAAUCUUAAAUCAUUGCACGUGUCCCCAGAUUUCAAAGUAUGUGUGACUGUUGAUAACCUUGGCAUUCUUUAUGUGCUACAGAUUAUGAAAUAAAUCUCUUUAAAGCUGAAUGUGACAGCUUUUGAAACAAUUUUGAGCCAGAAGUAAAUUCUCCACAAAACCAUUUAACUUACUUGAAGCUGUGAAAUGAUUUUAUUCUGGCAUGCAGAAUACAUUUGUAAACAUUUCUGAAUCAGCAUACACUUUUUCUUCUCUGUUUGAUUAGAAUUGUUAAGUGUGGUUUGCAUCCUAUAAAAAUUAUGCAAAGUAAUAUGUUAAUGAUCAUUGACUGAAAGAAGUAUAAUAACCUGAGAUACUGUCAUUGAUCUAACAAAUGUUUCUGAGCCACAGAAGUACAAUCCUAUAAAAUACUACAAACUGCUGUUUUACUAUGUGCAAUUUUUUCUUGAGUAACUUUCUUAACCCCCAAAAAUCCCCUUACUGUUUGAUAUGUAUUAUAACAGCCUUGAAAUACAAUGUGAAUAAUUAAAAAUUGAUAACUUUAAAUAAAACAAUUCUGUAUUACUACAAGAUGUAGUAGAUGCAUGUUCCCUGGCACAGUAUAAACCCAGCACUGAUUUUCUGUAUUUCCUUUAGCCUUCAAUUCUCUGAAGUCAAAUGUUUUCCAAAGUUAUUGGAAACUGGCUUGUAUUCUCCCUUUUGGUUCAAACUAAAUGAUAUGUGAUCAUUAGCUUUGCUGAAAGGCCAAUUAAAGUGAAUUAAUCCAUACUGAAAAACAUAAGAGUUUCAUUUUUAAUGUUUUUUUCCUCAUGUAUAGGAAGUCUGCAAAUUUACUUUUUCCAAUAGUAAAAUCUCCUUUAUAAAGAACCAUAGCAUGGAUGAGAUUUUUCUAGAUGGUUUGUCAACCUUGUGACUUCAAAUAUUUAAUAGAAAAUAAUAAAAUUAUUUCUUUUGAGUUUUAAUCUUUAGACAAUGUAUUACAUCCCACUGAGCCAAAUUUCUGUUAUUUGUGAUUUUCUUACACUGCUCUGUAGUCCAGUUUACAAAAGAAGAGGCCACAAUGUGGCUCUUUCACUUGCUAGUGCCUUUAGAGUUUGUGAGUACACACACUGUAAUUGAGAUUUCACCAUUAACAUAAAAGAAAUUCCUAAGCAAGUUGAAAAUUAUAACCUUUGUGCUUAUAAAAUAGUAAGUGUAGUUCCCAAAUAUUAAAGCAAUUGCUGCUAAUAAUUUUCCAGUAGAUUGGGAUAGCACUAGUUUCAGAGUGGUGUCAAGGAACCCCGUUGGAUGGACGUUUAGAAGGGGUUCAGUUGUGGCAAGGGUCCCUCUACACAGCAGAGACUGCACUGGAUGCCGCUGGAAAACUCCACAGUUUUAAAUCAAUUGUCAACUAUAGACAUCAAAAUGGGACACAGCUGAUGUAGCAUAUAUUGGAUCUAAAGCCCAACUUCUCUCUCAAGAGGAAUGUGCAUCAGGCUGUUGGUUAUGGCAGUCUGAAGCUGGCUAAAUUAAUUGUUCUCCCUGCUUUCAAAUUAGAGGGUGAUAUUAAAUUAAGCAAACACUGACUUCUGAAAAGCCAUCCUCACUGCCCACUUGCCAUAGAUAGCAUGAGUCAGGAGGGCUUUGAGCCACUUCCUUUUCCUUCCAUGCACUUAGUAUUGGUCCAUUAGCUAUUUGAAGAGCCAUUUCAGUGCUUCUUUUACUUUGCAGUUCAGACUAAAUUGAACUGUUGCCUUUCUGUAUUAGCUAAGUUUAUUAUCAGCAGUUAAAAAUACAAUAUUUUAACUGCCUAGGAGAGCCUUCACAAGUAUGGUGGCCUCCGCAAGUUUUAGAGUACAGCUCCCAGCAUUCCUUACCAUUGACCAUUGCAUCUGGGCCUGAUGGGAGUUCAGGUUCAAAAUAUUUGGAGGCCUUUGGCUGACUGUUGUAGGAUAGUCUUAAACUGUAUUAAUAACAAAACACACAAUUGCAUAUCCAGUUUGCCUUUGGUUCCACUGAUCUUUUCUGCCACAGAUAGAAAACAUGUUGCUAUUUUAACUAACAAAUUAGCCUUUGGAUUUUUAAAGAAUUAAUUGAGGGUGCAGCAGCUCAUGAAACUGUUUACUAGGGUUGUUCUUCAAAUGAGAUUAUCUUAAAAAAUCUACUGGUGCUAUAUUGCAACUGCGAAGAUGAAGAAGCAGAUAAUUAAACAGGGUAUUGUUGGUCUAUUACAUUUGGAGGGAGAAAUUGUUUCCAGUUUAUCUGGCAUAACGAGAUAGUAGGAGUACUAAUAGCAAAACCUUUGCUGUUGGCUAUACUGUGCUGCUUUUGUGUUAAUUGGAGUAUAUCUGUGCAUCAAGGGAAAUUGCUGAAUUUGCUGAGCAUGCUGAUUUUUUUAAAUGUUACUAAAGCUAUGCCUUAGCAAAGUUGUUGGGUUUAAUUAAACAAGUUGGUCUUUAAACAAUAAAUAUUUUUAUAUUAUGCA